AUGGACCCUCUCACGCCACAGCCCAACUGGACAGAGAUUGUGAACAAAAAGCUCAAGUUCCCUCCUCAACUCCUGGGAGCCAUCCAGGAGGGGCGGCUGGGUCUUGUGCAGCAGCUACUGGAGUCAGGGGUCGAGGCCACAGGCGGUGGACCAGGUGGACCCCUGCGGAAUGUGGAAGAGGCUGAGGACCGCUCCUGGAGGGAAGCUCUCAACCUUGCCAUCCGCCUGGGCCACGAGGCUAUCACUGAUGUGCUGCUGGCCAAUAUCAAGUUUGACUUCCGGCAGAUCCAUGAAGCUCUGCUAGUGGCAGUGGACACAAACCAGCCAGCAGUGGUGCGGCGCCUGCUGGCCCGACUGGAACGGGAGAAGGGUCGUAAGGUAGACACUAGGUCUUUCUCACUAGCUUUCUUUGACUCAUCAAUCGAUGGCUCUCGCUUUGCCCCUGGUGUCACUCCACUCACCUUGGCCUGCCAGAAGGACCUGUAUGAGAUCGCACAGCUGCUCAUGGACCAGGGCCACACCAUUGCCCGGCCUCACCCAGUCUCCUGUGCCUGUCUGGAAUGCAGCAAUGCCCGCCGCUAUGACCUGCUCAAGUUCUCCCUGUCACGCAUCAACACGUACCGUGGCAUUGCCAGCAGGGCCCACCUCUCACUGGCCAGUGAGGAUGCUAUGCUGGCUGCCUUCCGGCUCAGCCGUGAGCUCAGGCGACUGGCGCGCAAGGAGCCUGAGUUUAAGCCUGAGUAUAUUGCCCUGGAGUCCUUGAGCCAGGACUACGGCUUUGAGCUGCUGGGCAUGUGCCGGAACCAGAGUGAGGUCACUGCAGUGCUCAAUGACCUGGAAGAGGACAGUGAAACAGAGCCUGAGGCUGAGGGCCUGGCCCAGGCCUUUGAGGAGGGCAUCCCCAACCUGGCGAGGCUGCGGCUUGCAGUCAACUACAACCAGAAGCGGUUUGUAGCACACCCCAUCUGCCAACAAGUCCUUUCCUCCAUCUGGUGUGGGAACCUGGCUGGCUGGCGUGGAAGCACCAUCAUCUGGAAGCUUUUUGUUGCCUUCCUCAUCUUCCUCACCAUGCCCCUCCUCUGUAUUGGCUACUGGCUGGCACCCAAGUCCCAGCUGGGCCACCUGCUGAAGAUCCCUGUGCUGAAGUUCCUGCUACACUCUGCUUCUUACCUAUGGUUCCUCAUUUUCCUGCUGGGAGAGUCCCUGGCCAUGGAGACACAGCUGAGCACUUUCCAAGGCCGCAGCCAGAGUGUCUGGGAGACUUCACUACACAUGAUUUGGGUUGCAGGAUUCCUGUGGUUUGAGUGUAAGGAAGUGUGGAUCGAGGGCCUGCACAGCUACCUCCUGGACUGGUGGAAUUUCCUAGAUGUGGUCAUCCUGUCCCUGUAUCUGGCAGCCUUCACACUGCGCAUCCUCCUGGCUGGGCUUGCCUACAUGCACUGCCGGGAUGCCUCUGAUGGUGCCACCUGUCGCUAUUUCACCACAGCUGAGCGAAAGGAGUGGCGCACAGAGGAUCCCCAGUUCCUGGCCGAGGUGCUCUUUGCUAUUACCAGCAUGCUCAGCUUUACCCGUCUGGCCUACAUUCUGCCAGCCCACGAGUCACUGGGCACUCUGCAGAUCUCCAUUGGCAGGAUGAUUGAUGACAUGAUCCGGUUCUUGUUCAUCCUCACGAUCAUCCUGAUGGCUUUCCUCUGUGGCCUCAACAACGUCUACGUGCCUUACCAGGAGACAGAGCGACUGGGCAAUUUCAACGAGACAUUUCAGUUUCUGUUCUGGACCAUGUUUGGCAUGGAAGAGCACAGCGUAGUGGACAUGCCUCAGUUUCUAGUGCCUGAGUUCGUGGGCCGGGCCCUCUACGGCAUCUUCACCAUCGUCAUGGUCAUUGUGCUGCUCAACAUGCUCAUCGCCAUGAUCACCAACUCCUUCCAGAAGAUCGAGGAUGAUGCUGAUGUGGAGUGGAAGUUUGCUCGCUCUAAGCUCUACCUGUCCUACUUCCGAGAGGGCCUGACGUUGCCUGUUCCCUUCAACAUCCUGCCCUCCCCCAAGGCCAUCUUCUACUUUCUCAGGAGAAUUUUCCGGAUUGUUUGCUGUUGUUGUUCUUGCUGCAAAACCAAGAAGUCAGACUAUCCCCCUAUUCCCACUUUUGCCAAUCCUGGGGUAGGGGCAGGGCCUGGGGAGGGACAGCGUGGGUCCUACCGCCUUCGUGUCAUCCAGGCCCUGGUACAGCGCUACAUAGAGACUGCCCGGCGUGAAUUCGAGGAGACCCGACGGAAAGACCUGGGCAACAGAUUGACUGAGCUGACCAAGACUGUAUCUCGCCUGCAAAGUGAAGUUGCCAGUGUGCAGAGGACCCUGGCAGCAGGAGGGACACCCCGGCCUCCUGAUGGUGCCAGCAUUCUCAGCCGCUACAUCACCCGAGUGCGCAAUAGCUUCCAGAACCUGGGUCCCCCCAUCCCUGAGACCCCAGAACUGAUGGUGCCAGGGAUUGUGGGGACCCAGAUCUCUUCAGAAACCGAGCUUCAGGCAACUGAAGAGGCUGGGACUCCAGCUUCUGGAGAGUCUGCCCCUUCCUCCCCAGCCCAUGUGCUGGUGCAUAGAGAGCAAGAGACAGAGGAUGCAGGGGAUGUACCCCUGGAGGAGGAUUUGAACACUGAGGAGAGGUCCUAA